ACAGCGGCGGCCGCCCUUCGCUGUGCUUCCCCUUGCGGUGCUCCUGCAAGGAAGCAAGCCCGCAAGGGCUGCGCGGGGAGGGGAUGCUCCAUCCCCCCCUGCCCCGAAGAAACUGCAACUCGGAGUGCUCCCAGCGCCGCGCCGCCGCCUUUCGCACGCCGACAUCAGCGAGGCGUCCCCAAGGGACAGGGCCGGGCCCGGGGGUCGCUCCCGCCCGCGGCAGCUCUCGCAGCCCCGGCUCCCGGCGCGACACCUCGGCGGGUUCCUACACCGGCAGUGGCCAGAGGUUACGGCGAGGAAUUAUGAAGUGGCUACAGGCGCUGGAAGCCCUAUUGCUGCAUAAAUCUCUCCGCUCAGGCUGCGACGAGCUUCGCCGGCAUCAUUUACUUUCUCCUGCAGAGACAAGAAUAAAACCCAGAUCGUCUCCAUCUUCAAGGCAGAGCCUUCAUCGCCGGCGAAGAAAAGCAGUCAAAACAGCCCAGGCAGCAUCCGGCGGGGGAGCGAGGAGCAGACGAAAGCCUCCCGGAACGCCGCCCCAUGCGCCCGGCACCGGCGCCCCUCGGGCGGAGGGAGGAACCGGGAGGGACCCCCCGAACCACCCCCCACCAGGGCCGCCUGAGGAUGGAUUAAAAAAAAAAAAAAUAAAAAGGAAGGAAAAUGAAAAUAAAAAAAAAAAUGUAGGGAGCGAGGGAAGGAGGCAGCGAGGAGGGCAGGAAAGCGGAGCGCUGCUUCCCGCUUCCCUUCGCCAGGUUGCUCAAGGGUCUCCAGGAAAACGGGCAGCCGCGCCCGCCCGCGGGGUGCGCGGAGAGGCCAGCCCAGGGCACUGGGCAGGGGCAAGAGCGGAGCCCGGCUGUCCCCGGCCCCUGCGGGAAAGGGGGGUUCUCUGUCCGGUGGGAGCCGCCGAGCGCUGCUCGAAGUGCUGCCAACUUGGGAGAGUCCUCACCCUUCCUCCUCCCGACAAGGCUCUGGCCACAGCCCCAAGAGAAACAAGGAGAAGGAGAUCGGCUCCCAAGAGCUCCCCCAGCUGCACUGCAUCGCCCCAGCCAGCCUGAAGGGAGAAGCAAGCGAGGAGCAGCCAGAGCACGCACCCUCGCUCCGCCUGCGGCUCAGCCCGGCUCUCUUCGCCUCCUCCCCAGCCUGACAGGUCCUUCUCCCUUCAAAACUUUCUCUUAUGUUGUGUGCCGGUUUCGGGUGGGUGCUUCGCCUCCGCUGCUUGCCUGCUCCUCCCGCCUCGCAGAUGAUUUGUGACUCUGGAGGGGUCCGCGCGUCGACGCGGCUGCCGGAGCUCCCGGUGGGAACUAACAGGGGCCGCAGCUGGGAGGGGCCGCCGAGGAGGGACAAGAAGCUACAGAAAGUUAGGUUACUCCUGCCAGACGCUGGCUGGAAACCGCUUGGCAGGUCCCUGCCCCACUGCCUUUCCCCGAAGCACCAAAGUCUCCUGUAAAAGUUGCCUGGCGCGUCACCGCUCCCCGGCCAGCCCGGGGGCGCUCCGCUCCGCCGGCCCCCGCACGGCUUCGCUACUGCCCCACCGGCCGGGCGGGCCCACGGCUGCCUCACCGUCCCUGCCUGUCGCUCUGCCGGGCGCGCCGUGAUUUCCUCCCCUUUGCCUUUCCAGGUUUUCCCCUCCCCUCUUCACCAUUUCAUCCCUCUUCAGUUAAAAAAAAGAAAAAGGGAGCCAAUUAAAGCAGCCGUGCUUGGCAGAGCCCUGCCUCCUGCCCAAUUCUGCGAGCCUCCUCUCGCCCCGGCCCAAUUAGAGACAGCACCGCAGGGCUGGGGAGAAAAAGGGGCUUGCUUCGGGCAGAGAGCUCAGCCGUCAGCCCGGGGUCCCUUAAUUCUCAGGACAGUCGCGGCAAGGUCGGCUUCUCCCGGGUGGGACCUGAGAUGCGGAAAGCCCAGGGGCGGCGGGGACUGGGGACACCUCCUGGCUUGUACGGGCAGCGAGUUCGGGAGUGGGGGAAAAGAGCGCAGAUUGCCCGGGGGGUCUCCUGUGCCGGCGCUGGCUGAUGCCAGCAAAGUUUUUGGCCUCUCCCUCAGGUAGGUUGCAGGGUGGGGGGGCUGCCUUGCGCAUGCUGCUCGGGAGCGGCGGGUCGGGGGGCUAAGUGCGGCGGGGGUGCUGUGCGGGCCUCCAGCCCGGUGCCUGGCUGCGGGAAUCGGCGGUACCGGGGGGGCUGUGCUGAUGCUCGUCCAUAAAACCCGGAGCGGGGAAGCUGCGCUUUCCCCUCCCCGCCGCGCAGGGCCCGCGGGGGAGAUCUCCGGCCGGGAGGAGGAAGGAGAUGCUGCGCGACCGCCCCGGUCAUCACCACCGGCACUGAGAGCGCCGGUGCGGAGCAAUGCUUCGCCAUCCCUACCUCCAUCUGCUUUGCUGGGAGAUAGAUAAAAUGCUGCUCCGGCCACGCGUGGGCUCGGCGGCCGCACACCGCUCACGGUGCUGCUCCGCAGCGCGGUGCCUCGCGGCUCUGCAUGGAUGGCCACUCGCCACGGGGACUGCCGGCGGGAGCUGUACCCGAAAAGAAAGCGGAGGGGAAGAGGCACCGAGUCACCGUGUGAACAAGUCACUCCCUGGAUAAAAAUAUAAUUAAAAAAAUAAUAAUAACAAUAUUGAGAGAUAGAUGGCCCAUGGAGCGGCUGGUUGCUCAGUCAUGCUCUAACAAACAAGCAAUUAAUAGAUAUAGCCGCUAAUUAGUAAGCGGUUAUUCCUACUGUAAGCGGUGCUCAGCGGGAGAGGAAAGCAAUAGCAUGUACCAGGAGAAAAGCAGCUUUACGGCUUUGCGGACAGGGCAGCUUCCCCCAAGGGCCAGCAUCCCCCCCUGCGAGAGGCAAGGAAGGUGGGUCUCACACUGGACCCUAUUCCCUCACUUGUCAGCAUGUCGUCAGUAUAGGACUGCUUUGUUAGAUUGUUGGUGGUUUUUUUCCAUUUAUAUUUUAUUGUCCUCUCCCCCCCCGCUAAGAGAACAUUUGCCAAGAAACUGCGUCUCUCUGAGGUGUCCUUUCCCAAGAUGACGGCAUGGAGCAGGUGCACUUAUGAAAGCACCUGAUGUGAGCAAGUUUAUUUUUAAUACCACAAACCUUCAUCUGAGAAGGAUUUAAUCCCUCCCGCAGUGGUGGUGGCAACAUUAAUAAAGGGCAUAGAGGUAGAAGGAGGUGGCCAGCACUGGGAGGACAAGUGGAGCAGCACCAUUACCAGGGCAUGGGGAGAAGCAGGACCUGAUGAUGAUGAUGAGACAAAUUGUAAUUGUCCACAUCUGCAUGAAGCAAGCUGAAAGCAACACAAGGAAAUGAGAUGAAGAGAUGUUUGCAGAUCCAGGAAACUUCAUAGUGAUUAAAAAAAAAAAAAAAAAAAAGGCAAAAAAGCAUGGAGAUAUGAAUCCUGUCUUCUCAUAAUUCUGAAAUAAGGAUAUUUAUGGGGCAUUUUGUAGCCUUGCCAUUUUGUUGGGUUUUUUUUCAGGGAUUCUCAUUAGAUUGUGGAAUAGUGCCUCAAAGUUUGAAUGACUAUGUGUUACAUACCUGGAUAAUGAGUCUAAAAAAAUCCCCAAAAUAUGCACUUCACACCCCUUUUUGUGUUAACAUUCAAUGCACAGGCUCAUGUUUCACUGGCACAAAUGCUUAUGAAAAUGAAUUUCAAAGUAAACUGUCAAAGUAUAUUCUGAGUGGAAAAAAUUACUGCCAAACCCCAAGUACGUAACUGCAUUUGCUAAAUAAGGUAAUUAAUUAUUGGUUGAGGCCUAAUAAAUCCUAACCUUCA